UGGCCGCUCAGAGAGAGGCUGCCUUUGCAUUGGAAGCCGGCAGCACACAGCGCUCCGUUCGCGUUGCAGUCUGGUCGCAGACGGUAGCGGAGCUCCGCGAGGGUGCGCCGGGUACGGCACUGGGAAUGUUUGCAAGUUUGGGAAUUUAUCUAUGGAUGCAAGGAUAUCUGACAUAAGUACGUGAUUCUGGCUUUCAACCGUGCUGCUGCAGAUGUCAUAGAUGACAACUCCACACAGAGAGAGGAGGACGUUGGAUCAUUGAGCGCCCCACCCCCACCCCUAUUUUUUUCUUUGAUAACCGCUAACAUAGGCUAGUAAGAAAAGAGCAAGUGGAAAGAGAGGUCUGUCGGGCGACGACUUUCUGAAGCGACGCAAUCAUGCGACUAUGCUGGGGGUCUCCGUACCUCAGCCUGCACUUUUUGGUCAUGGGGACUCUGGUCACACUGGUGCUGUCCCAAGUUGCAUCAACACCAUUUAAAACCUUCUCACCCCCUGAGCUGGGCCUGACGAACAUGGUGAUCCACAACAAGACAGGGGAGGUCUACGUUGGGGCGGUCAACUGGAUCUUCAAGCUGUCCAGCAACCUGACCAAGCUUCGCAGCCACAUGACGGGGCCGGUGGUGGACAAUGAAAAGUGCUACCCACCGCCCAGCGUGCAGUCCUGCCCACAUGAGCUGGCGCAAACCAGCAAUGUCAACAAGCUGCUGCUGGUGGACUAUGCUCAGAACCGCCUCAUUGCCUGCGGGAGCACCUCCCAGGGAAUCUGCCAGUUCCUGCGGCUCGAUGACCUGUUCAAGCUAGGCGAGCCACACCACCGUAAGGAACAUUACCUCUCCAGUGUGAAAGAGUCGGGCACCAUGUCAGGAGUCAUUAUCGAGGGCCAUGGAGGGCUCAAUGGCAUGCUCUUUAUUGGCACGCCCAUUGACGGCAAGUCCGAGUACUUCCCCACCCUCUCCAGCCGCAAGUUGAUGGCCAACGAGGAGAACGCCGACAUGUUCAGUUUUGUCUACCAGGAUGAGUUUGUUUCCUCGCAGGUUAAGAUCCCCUCGGACACACUGUCAAAGUUCCCAGCCUUUGACAUCUACUACAUCUACAGCUUCAGCAGCGAGCAGUUUGUCUAUUAUCUCACGCUGCAGCUAGACACCCAGCUUACGUCCGCCGAUGCCAGCGGUGAGCAGUUCUUUACCUCCAAGAUCGUCCGGCUUUGCGUGGAUGAUCCUCGGUUCUACUCCUACGUCGAGUUCCCCAUUGGGUGCACGAAGGAUGGCGUUGAGUACCGGCUGAUCCAGGAUGCCUAUCUUGGACGGCCAGGCAAACAGCUCGCUGCUUCUCUGAGUGUGUCAGAGGAUGAGGACGUCCUGUUCACAGUCUUUUCGCAAGGUCAGAAGAACCGGGCCAAGCCACCCAGGGAGUCGGUACUCUGCCUCUUCACCCUGCGCCGCAUCAAGGAGAAGAUCAAGGAGCGCAUCCAGUCUUGCUACAAGGGCGAGGGCAAGCUGUCUCUUCCCUGGCUUCUCAACAAAGAGCUGUCCUGCAUCAACUCGCCCUUGCGCAUCGACGACAACUUCUGCGGGCACGACUUCAACCAGCCCCUGGGGGGCACCAGCACCAUCGAGGGCAUCCCCCUCUUCGUAGACCGGGAGGAAGGCAUGAGUUCGGUGGCAGCCUACAAUUACCGCGGCAACACUGUGGUCUUCGCCGGCACCCGUGGCGGGAGGAUGAGGAAGAUCCUGGUGAACUCCGUGAGCCAGCCAGCCCUGCCGUACGAGGACGUGCCGGUCAGCGACGGCGUCCUGCGUGACUUGCUCUUCAGCCCGGACCAGGAGUACGUCUACACCCUCACUGAGAAGCAGGUGAGCCGGGUGCCAGUGGAGAGCUGUGAGCAGUACACCAGCUGCGGCGAGUGCCUGGGCUCUAAGGACCCCCACUGCGGCUGGUGCGUCCUGCACAACAUGUGCUCCCGGAAGGACCGCUGCGAGAGGGCCAGGGAAGCAGAGCGCUUUACCUCCAGCCCGACGCAGUGCGUGCAGCUCAGCGUGCAGCCCGGGAACGUGUCCGUCACCAUGUCCAAGGUCCAGCUGGUGCUGCACGCUCACAACGUUCCGGAUCUUUCCGCCGGCGUCAACUGCUCCUUCGACGACUUCACAGAGAGUGAGGGCCGCAUUGAGGACGGGCUCAUCUACUGCCUAUCCCCAGCCGCCCGCAACGUGGCGCCCAUCACCCGCGGCCAGGACGGCAAAUCCCGCCACAGCCUUGUCCCGGGUCUCACCCCGUGGCACCAGAGCACUGGUAUAAUUCUGGUGAAGAUCCGCAUGAAGCGUUUCGGAAUAACUCUUCAGGAGCGGCCUGCCUUAUUCCACUCCGCGGAGAUGGAUGGCCUCGUGCUCCCUGACGCUCCCGUGUGUCUGUCAUGUGUCAACGGUUCCUUUCCCUGCCACUGGUGCAAGUACCGGCAUGUGUGCACCCAGAACGCCAACGACUGCUCCUUCCAGGAAGGCCGCGUCAACAUCUCAGAGGACUGUCCUCAGAUCCUGCCAUCUACGGAGAUCUACAUCCCCGUGGGGGUCACCAAGCCCAUCACUCUGUCGGCCCGCAACCUGCCGCAGCCGCAGUCUGGUCAGCGAAACUAUGAGUGCAUCUUCCGCAUCCAAGGAGCAGUGCACAGUGUCACCGCCCUGCGCUUCAACAGCACCAGCAUCCAGUGCCAGAAGACCUCGGUGAGUGCAGUGCCAUGGCAAGGGGGUCUUCAUUAUCUGGCCGCUCCACCAGCGGGCAGCGCCGUCACCAAGGUGAGAUCCACGGGGCGCCACAAAGAUGUGCGCUGUCCUGCCAGACAGUCACCGUGGCACCAUCUGCUACCCCCCCGGUGUGACGAUGGCAGACAGGAGGAGUCCUCUUCCUCAUCUCUGUGGCUAAGUGACGUCAACCCUCACCUGCAUCGGACGGACGUGGCCGUGGUGCUCGCUGCUGGGUCCUUAGAGUUCAUCUGCGCCCCCACCCCAGCUCAUCUGUACAAGUGCUACGCGCAGCGGGACAGCUGCGGCCUGUGCCUGAAGGCCGACCCACGCUUCGAGUGCGGCUGGUGUGUCCAGGAGAAGAAGUGCUCCUUACGACAGGAGUGCGCCGCCCCAGAGGCCAGCUGGAUGCAUGCCGCCACCGGCAAUAGCCGUUGCACACACCCCAAGAUUACCAAGCUCUUCCCAGAGACGGGGCCGAGACAGGGUGGAACCCGGCUGACCAUCACGGGGGAGAACCUUGGCCUGCACUUCCGGGACAUCCAGAACGGGGUCCGGCUUGGCAAGGUGCUCUGCCAACCCAUAGAAGAGGAGUACAUCAGCGCUGAGCAGAUCGUGUGUGAGCUGACGGACGCCACGGGGUACCGGGUGCAGGAUGCCCCAGUGGAGGUGUGCGUGCGGGACUGUCAGCCCGAGUACCGCACCCUGUCCCACAAGGCCUUCACCUUUGUGACCCCCUUCUUCACCCGCGUGCAGCCGUCCCACGGUCCGCUGUCUGGGGGCACCAGGAUCACCAUCGAGGGCAACCACCUCAACGCUGGUAGCGCAGUGUCGGUCAAAAUCGGCCUGCACCCGUGCCGCUUCGAGAGGAGGAGAGCCAAGGAGAUCGUGUGCGUGACUCCAGCUGGCCAGAGUCCUGGUGCCGCUCCCGUCAUGGUGGACAUCAACUGGGCCGAACUGCGGAACCCAGAGGUCAAAUUCAACUACACCGAGGACCCCACCAUUCUCAGAAUCGACCCUGACUGGAGCAUUGCUAGUGGCGGAACACCAUUGACCAUCAGCGGCACCAAUCUGGCCACGAUCAAGGAGCCCAAGAUGCAGGCAAAGCACGGUUCUGCCAAGUCAGUCCACAACUGCACGGUCUACAACAACACGGUGAUGGUGUGCCUCGCGCCCUCCGUGGCAGACUCAGAGAUGAGCAUCUCGGAGCUGGGAACCGGGCCGGACGAGAUCGGCUUCAUCAUGGACAACGUGCAGUCCGUGCUGGUGGUCAACGAGACGUUCAGCUACUACCCGGACCCCGUCUUCGAGCCCUUGAGCCCGACUGGGGUCCUGGAGCUGAAACCCAGCUCCCCACUAAUCCUGAAGGGCCGGAACCUGAUUCCAUCAGCACCAGGGAACUCGAAGCUGAACUACACGGUGCUAAUCGGCGAGACGCCCUGCGUGCUGACGCUGUCGGAGACGCAGCUGCUGUGCGAGUGGCCCAAUCUGACGGGCCAGCACAAAGUCACGGUCCGGGUGGGCGGGUUCGAGUACUCGCCGGGCACACUGCAGAUCUACUCGGACAGCCUGCUGACUCGGCCCGCCAUCAUCGGCAUCGGCGCCGGCGGCGGCCUGCUGCUGCUGGUCAUCAUCGCCGUGCUCAUCGCCUACAAGCGCAAGUCACGCGACGCCGACCGAACGCUCAAACGCCUGCAGCUGCAGAUGGACAACCUGGAGUCCCGGGUGGCGCUGGAGUGCAAGGAAGCAUUUGCCGAGCUGCAGACGGACAUCCACGAGCUGACCCAGGAGCUGGACGGAGCCGGCAUCCCCUUCCUGGACUACCGUACCUAUGCCAUGCGGGUCCUGUUUCCUGGCAUUGAGGACCACCCUGUGCUGAAAGAAAUGGAGGUGCAGGCCAACGUGGAGAAGGCCCUCACCUUGUUCGGCCAGCUCCUCAACAAGAAGCACUUCCUGCUGACCUUCAUCCGCACCCUGGAGGCGCAGCGCUCCUUCUCCAUGCGCGACCGCGGCAACGUGGCCUCGCUGAUCAUGACCGCCCUGCAGGGGGAGAUGGAGUACGCCACCGGCGUCCUCAAGCAGCUGCUCUCCGACCUCAUCGACAAGAACCUGGAGAGCAAGAACCACCCCAAGCUGCUGCUGCGUCGGACGGAGUCCGUGGCGGAGAAGAUGCUGACGAAUUGGUUCACCUUCCUGCUCUACAAGUUCCUGAAGGAGUGCGCCGGCGAGCCCUUGUUCAUGCUCUACUGCGCCAUGAAGCAGCAGAUGGAGAAGGGUCCCAUCGAUGCCAUCACCGGCGAGGCCCGCUACUCCCUGAGCGAGGACAAGCUCAUCCGGCAGCAGAUCGACUACAAGACCCUGACACUGCACUGCGUGAACCCCGAGAAUGAAAACGCCCCAGAGGUGACGGUGAAGGGCCUGAACUGCGACACCAUCACCCAGGUGAAGGAGAAGCUUCUGGAUGCUGUGUACAAAGGAACCCCUUAUUCCCAGAGGCCCAAGGCUAGCGACAUGGACCUGGAAUGGCGUCAGGGUAGGAUGGCCCGAAUCAUCCUUCAGGACGAAGAUGUCACUACCAAGAUCGAUAAUGACUGGAAGCGCCUCAAUACGCUUGCGCAUUACCAGGUGACAGAUGGCUCAGUGAUCGCCCUCGUGCCCAAACAGAACUCUGCCUACAACAUCUCAAAUUCGUCGACGUUUACCAAAUCCCUCAGCAGAUACGAGAGCAUGCUCCGGACGGCCAGCAGCCCCGACAGCCUGCGCUCCCGCACACCCAUGAUCACGCCCGACCUGGAGAGCGGCACCAAGCUGUGGCACCUGGUGAAGAACCACGACCACGCCGACCAGCGGGAGGGUGACCGCGGCAGCAAGAUGGUGUCCGAGAUCUACCUGACCCGCCUGCUGGCCACCAAGGGCACACUGCAGAAGUUCGUGGACGACCUGUUUGAGACCAUCUUCAGCACGGCCCACCGUGGCAGCGCCCUGCCCCUCGCCAUCAAGUACAUGUUUGACUUCCUGGACGAGCAGGCCGACAAGCACCAGAUCUCGGACCCUGACGUGCGCCACACCUGGAAGAGCAACUGCCUCCCGCUGCGUUUCUGGGUGAACGUGAUCAAGAAUCCGCAGUUCGUCUUCGACAUCCACAAGAACAGCAUCACGGACGCCUGUCUCUCCGUGGUGGCCCAGACCUUCAUGGACUCCUGCUCCACCUCCGAGCACAAGCUGGGCAAGGACUCGCCCUCCAACAAGCUGCUCUACGCGAAAGACAUCCCCAACUACAAGAACUGGGUGGAAAGGUACUACUCGGACAUUUCACGGAUGCCGGCGAUCAGCGACCAGGACAUGAGCGCGUACCUGGCGGAGCAAUCCCGCCUUCACCUCAACCAGUUCAACAGCAUGAGCGCCCUGCACGAGAUCUACUCCUACAUCGUCAAGUACAAGGACGAGAUCCUGUCGGCUCUGGAGAAGGAUGAGCAGGCCCGGAGGCAGAGGCUACGCAGCAGGCUGGAGCAGGUCAUCGACACCAUGGCGCUGGCCAGCUGAGGACCAUUAAUGGCGUGGUUCUGAAACCCGACAGACUUUGGGACUGCGAGGACAGAAGCAGUGCACCGGAGAACCCGUGGAGCUGGGCCCGGGGGGGUCGGUCUCGGUUCAUGCAAGAGUCACAUCAUGGAACGUGUUUGCUUGUUCUUAUUGUGGUUUUAUUUUUGAUCCCCCCCCCCCGUGUUUGUCUGUGUAUUAAAUCAUGUCCUACACAGACAGGACUGGAAUAAGCUGUGUUGGUCUUCGAACCAUGAAGGAGGAACGAAAAAUGGUAUAGGCUUAGGGAGAUGUUCUUUUGGAGAAGACCUUGUGGGCCACAUGACACCAUGUGACAGACCUUGAACUGGACAUCUGUCUUCUGGGAUUAUUUUAUUUGUAAACCUUUGUGUGUGUGUGCGCGUGUGUUUAUUUUUUUCUCCCCCCCCCAAUAACUUUACACAACUGCCCACUCCUCCGGUCUCCUGCCAAGUGUGUUACUGCUGAAUUUGCACAAUUUACAGGAAAUAAAACUAUAGAUGUAUGGAUACAUUUUUAAAGAGACAAGUGGGGGGGAAAAAAUCAUUUGGCCCAUUUUAUCGGAACAACGGACGUCACUGAAAACGGUUUUGAUAUUUCCGAGCAAAACAAGGAGAAACGAACGAAAACUUGUCCUGUGCCAUGAUUUAUUUGAAUGUUGUUUAGUGCAAAAGCAUUUUGUAAAAUAAAAUGUGCUUUAAUUUAAAAAUGACCAUGCUUAAGGACUGGAAGGAUGAAAUCAGUCAAAUAUACAACAGAAUGGGAAGGAACAAAAGUAUUGAAGACUGGAUGGACAAAUUAUGAUGAUGUGGGGUCUGUACAAAACUGGUAGAAACGACUUUGUUGGUUUUAACCUGAGAAAAAGCUGUGUUCAGCCUAGUUAUGAGCGGGUUCACUUCAGCUGGAGCCUGGAUAAGGAUGGGGCCACCUCCCAGCUGUCGUCCGUCUCCGAGACCUGUGUUUGUUUACAUCCUCUGAAGAUUGCGGUCUUUGCUGGUGUCACAUGAAGAACGUCGCAUUACUUGAAGAAAAUCGCAUUAGUGCCCACUCCCCAAAAUCCUGGUGUCCGACCAAUGUUUUAUUCUUUCUUUUUUUUUAAUCUAGGAUGAACACCACUGCAUAAUUUGACACUCCUAACCUCUCCGGUAAAUCCCUUCAUUCUGGGAGUGAGGUAGCUUUUAACUUCAUAAUGCACAUCGAGAUUCCCACCUCUGAAAAUGCUGUAUGUGGAAUUGAGUUCGCCUUCCUCUUUCUGUAGCCCUUAUCUCCUUGGCUAAGCCUCGCCAGUGGAAUUAAAUGCCGCUUAGUGUGA